AUGGCUACUGCGGCUGGUGAGGCGGCCCAGCCUCAGCCUGCGGCUGGAGAUGAUGGAGGGGCGAGCCCAGGGGGCGCGUCCGUGGGAGCGCCCGCGGCUACGCCGCCCUCGGCGCAAGCUGUGACCCCAGAGAUCGUCUUGGGGCGUUUGGCAGAAGCGGUUUCUCAGCUAGCUGCAGCCAGUGGGUCGUCUGGUGGCAGUCCUUGGAAAGAGAGCAAGUGGAUCAAGAGCCCAGAGGUUUUCAGUGCUAAGACCUUAGAUGAGGAGGUUGCUCUUUGGCCCGAUUGGUCCUUCAGCUUCCGGAACUUCAUGGCAGUUCAAGCCGAGACUGCAACGAUGUGGGCUUCCUUUGAGGAUUAUAGUCCGGCUUUGCGAGCGCGUUCUUUGAGAUUGUAUUCGGUGCUGGCCUCCUACUUGAAGGGCCGUGCUUUGAAGAUCUUGAGAUCCGUGGCAAGUGGCGAUGGCUUUAGGGUCUGGCGGCAGUUGGCAGAAGAAUUGCAGCCAUCGUCCCGACCCCGGACGCUGGCUUUAGCACAGGCCCUCACCAAGUUCCCACCUCUUCGAGAUGGCGGUUCAGUCUUAGAGUAUGCUCUCACGUUCGAAAAACUGGUCUCGGAGUACGAAAAGGCCUCCUCCAAGACCUACCCAGACGAUUUAAAGAUAGGGACCCUCCUCAGUGGCCUACCCCAAGAUGUGAAGCGCUACUUGGAGUUGCAGAUAGAUGAUUCAACAACUUAUCAGAAGCUGAGGGGCAUCUUGCUGCAGUUUGAGCGCACUUCAACAACUUGGAGCACGGAGUAUGUCAUGAAAGCCAUAGGCCUCGAUAAGAACUCGUACCCAGGAGAUGGACAAGGUCUUGCCCCAAUGGACGUGGACCGCGUCGAGAAAGGCAAAGCAAAGGGAAAGGACGCCAAGGGCAAGGGCCGUGGCGACAAAGGAAAGGGGUUAAAGGGCUACAAGGGGUACUACCAGACCGGCAAGGGCAAACCUGGUUUUGGCAAGGGCUUUCAGUUCGGUGGCUUCGGAAAAGGCAACCAGGACAAAGGCAAGGGCUACAAGGGCAAGUGGGCCCAUGAAGGCGGCAAGCAGGGCAAGAAAGGUGGAGCCGUAAAGGGUCCUUGCUUUGUGUGUGGUCGCAUGGGUCACCGAGCAGCUGAGUGCAGAGAUCGCCGCGUGAACCACGUUGAAGAUGAUAAUGUUUGCCGCAUGGAGCUCGACACGAUGCCUCUGAUCGAGGAGCUUCCGGACGACGAUGGUGACACUACUGGGGCUUGGCAUAGCACUGCUUUGGUUUCGGAGUUCGACUUUUACGAGGGUGAAGAAGCUUGGGAUGAGUAUGGCUGGUGGGAUGAAUCCGAAAUUCCUGCUGAAGCCUAUGAGUACAUCAGGGCAGUCAGUGCGUGCGAUGGUUGGUACAGUGACUCUAGCGCUGAGUUUGAAGAAGUAGACUUUGCAAGCGUCGAGUGCUUUGAGCUAGAGUGCGAGCUUCCUUCCACCAGCACGCUUUGCUUCGAGCUUGAUCGUGACAGCAGCGGAGAUGAGUUUUUCCGAGAGUGCAGUUCUGAAUGCGACUGUGAAGUUCGUGCGGUGUGCUGCCCUACGGACCCUUCCGAGCCCUGUGAAGUCAUCUUGGAUUCAGGUGCUGAUGUCACUGUGCUUCCAGCGCAUCUCUUCAGCACCGUCGGUGUGGCGGAGAAGCAGACUACUCGGCUCUUGGAUGCCCAAGGCACGCCGAUCCCGCAAAUGUCGCAGAGAGCCAAUGUUUCUUUCGUGGUGCAAGGGCUUGAUGGUCGGGAGAUUGUGUUUCGAGAUCGAGCUGUGCUAGCAAAUGUGCGGCAACCGUUGCUAUGCGCUGGUAAGCUGUUUCGUGGUGGCUGGUAUCCGAAAGCUAGUGCUACAGAAGACGGCGUCAUGGUGAUGUGCAAGGGUGAGCAAGAGUUCCCCCUCCACUUUGCCCGAAAUUCUGUUGCGGCCACCAUGCGCAUUCUGAGGACCGAAGAAGCUUGUGUACGCGUGGUGAUUGAGGUGAGCGAUGAGUUCUUAGCUGGACUCAAGCGGCAAGGCUGGCAAGUGACUUCGGGAUCAACGCCCACACAUGUGCAGUGGAACUCUACAGUGACUGCAGACCCCAGCCAGCUUUAUGACCCCGAGAUCCUGCCUCUUCGUACCACGUUGGUGCACAAAGGGGAGAACAGGUUUGAGAUUUUCGAGUGCGGUGAGAAUUGGGAGUUGAAGCCUGUGGUGGAUAUAGGGUGCCAGCCGACUAGGAUCGUGACCUUGUUGACUCAGAACGCCUUGGCUGCCACUGACCUGGGAAAAGUUGUUGCUGACCCUCAAUCUCCUCUGGUUCCCAGGUUACCUGCUGCGUCUCAAGAAGAAGCUGCCGAACCUGGAGAAGCAGAUGAUGGAGUUCAACAGCCAGGCGCGCCCGUGGGCGGACCGGAGAUGCAAGAAGUUCCAUUGGAAGGCGAGGUGGUGAAGGUAGGUGACAAGGAAGAGAUUGCACUCAACAAGCUCAAGUCAGCUGUGCAAGCAAGUGAUGCAGUCAUAGCAGAGUACACCCCUGAUGUCAAUCACGGCCCUCUUCCUCAACGCCCCGACGCCCAAACCGUUAUGCUUCACGAGCUGACUCACCUCCCUCGGGCCGAUUGGUGCGAGAGCUGCCAAGCUGCCCUUUCGAGAGAGGAUCCGCAUCCAGAGGUCCAGCCGAAGAGAGAAGUGCCGGUCAUCUCGGUAGACUGGAUGUUCAAUAGGACAGGAGAAACUGAGAAUGAUGAGCACCCCUUGACGACUCAGUUGGUGGCAGUGUGCCACACUACAAAGUACGUGGUCUGUGUGCCGGUUCGUUCGAAAGCAGCUGAGGACAACAAGCCUGCCGUGGAAGAGCUGGUCAAGAUGGCCUCGAUCCUCGGCUUUGAAAAGGUCACCUUUAGAGGGGACAGCGAGCCUUCGAUGAAGAAGCUUUUGCAGAUGGUGCAGAUGGCUAGGACACGGUUGGGGUUAAAGACUGAGAUUGAGACGGCAAACCCCGACUCCAGUGAACACCAGGGAUUGAGAGCAGAGCGCUAUAUAGAUAAAGUUCGCCGCCUUGGUCUUUGCCUCUUGCACACCGUGUCUGCCAAUUCGAAAGUCGAGUUGAAAUCGAGCCACCCGUUGUACCAGUGGAGCUUCAGACACGCAGCCUUCUUACUGACGCGUUACCAUGUUCACACAGAUGGGGUCACCUCGUUCGAGUUGGUCCAUGGGCGAAAGUUUGAUGCAAAGAUUGCAGCGUUUGGGUCGGUCGUCUUUUGCCAACUGUUGCCCAAACCGAAGACGAAAGGGAUUCCAUGGGAAAAGUGUGUGUACAUCGGCCGUUCCUCAAUGGGUUCUUUGAGCAUCGUCUCUUCCAGCAAGGGCAUAGGGUAUGCACGGACAGUUCCUGAAGUAUAUCAAGCAGAUGCCUUGCUGGCAAUGCGCGGUGUUCCUUGGAAUCCUUUACAAGAUGUAGUCACCAUGCGUGUUCCUCGGGGACCCCGAGUACGGGUUCCGUUGCUUGUUGAUGCAGCACCUUCUGCUGCACCACCCGGUGACGAAGCGGCCAGUGAUCCUCCAACCUCGGCGACUUCAGAAGCACCUGCAGGCAGCCCCGGGGAGAGCAUCUUAGAUGGGUUGAGUGGAGCUGCCAGCAACAGCUCACACGAGCUCAUCCCAGCCGCCAUGGAGGUUGGAAGGGUUGAGUGGUUUCCCGUUCGUGUGGUAGAUGCAGAACAGCCGCAUGGACACGAAGAUGACAUCGUGGUGUGUGUGACCCUGAAGAGAGUUUGGAGCUACAGUGCGACGAGGGCUUUGCAAGUGAAGAAGAAGAAAGGUGACGCAGGGAUGCCCUGGGAAGGUCGUGAGUAUGUAGAGGGACCCCCAGAGCUCGAAGCUCAGGCUUUGGCUGACCUCGACAAGCAGAUGGAGCUCAAGGAGCUCGACCGCCUCCUUGGCAUGACAGUGCUGAGACCGAUGAAUGGAGAGCAAGAUAGAGAAGGGAAAGUGCGUCUUCAAUGCAAGUAUGUGCUGGACUGGAGAUAUAGGAAUGGUUGGUUGCGUCGUGCACGGCUUGUUGCAAAAGAAUACCGGUUUCUCGAGCCCUCGCUGACGGACCUGUAUAGUCCUGCUUCGGUGUCCUGUAGCCACAAACUACUUGCGUGUUUGGCUGCAGGGAACAGCUCACUGGAGCUGCUGAGCGUCGACAUUACCGACGCUUACUUGCAAGUGAGACAGAGGCGGCCCACGUACAUCCAGACCCACAUCGGCGACGUAGAACUCCUUUACAAUCUACCCGGUCAGAGAGCAGGGGCAAAAGAUUGGUUCACCCACCUCCUCGGGAUCCUAAAGAACAAAGGCCUCAACAGCUUCAUCGGCAACCCCUCUCUGUUCUGCAUAGAGCAAAAGUUGGCGCUGAACAGCCAUGUCGAUGAUAUGCAAAUUCUAGGACCCAGGGGUGCACCCAUGCAGUUGGCCAGUGACCUCAAGGCUGAAGGCUUGAAGUUGAAAGUGGAUGGCCCCGUUGACUUGGGUGGUGGCUGUUCCCAUUUCUUGAAGAAGAAGUUCCAAGGGCUCGGUGACGCCAUUGAGGUGACCCAGGAUACAAAGUAUGCAGAAAGGCUUCAAUCAAUCCUUGGUUUGGAGAAAGCUCACGGCAAGCAAAAUCCAAGUCCACCCAAAAUUCCCGCGCCAGGGCAAGGAGCGAGCUUAGACUCCGAGCACCUCCACCUCUAUAAGCGAUGCGUGGGUAUCCUCAUGUACAUGAGUGCUGAGAGACCGGACUUGCAGUACAUGGUGAAGGUGUUGUCUUCGAGGAAUAGCUCCCCUACCGUUGAGGACUUUGGUCUUUUACGUCAUGUCGUGAAGUACCUCAAGUUGCACCCUGUUGUUCCGAUUAGGUUAGAGCAAACCAAGCCAGGGAAGACCUUGAAGCAGAAGUGGGACGGUGUAGAUCCUGAUGAACCCGAAGACCCCAACAUGCCGUUUGGAGCGCACCAUGUGUUGGAGGUAGUGACUGACGCAGAUUGGGGAAGCCAAGCCUUCUCAGAUCGGAGAUCGAUAUCUUCGUUCUGCAUAUUCCUCAACGGCAACCUGUGUCACGCAGGUAACAAAGUGCAGAAGACGAUCAGCCUCAGUUCUGCCGAGUCCGAGCUGAUGGCUACCUUGCUUGGACUCUCGGAGGGAAUAUUCCUUAAGCACAUGUUGCAGUUUUUGGUUGGUUCCCAAGCCACGGUAAAGUUGGUGCACAUGGUCGACAAUGCGGCUACCCGAAGUAUCCUUCAACGCCAAGGGCUAGGAAGAACUCGACACAUCAGCUUAGGGUACUUGUGGGCGCAGAAAGCGCUCAACGAAGGAGUUUAUGAAACGAAGGCCAUUCCAACCAAAGAUUGCCCAGCUGAUUUGCAGACGAAGCCACAUCCGCGUACCAGGAUGAAUCAUCUCAUGAGCCUCAUGGGCCUCGGCAUUAACCACAGUGUGACGGUGAAUCAAGUUAGUGCCACGCCAAUCGCGACCAACAUGGGAGCAGGUCAAAUCCUUAGAGCUCUAGCGCUUUUGCUCGAGGGGGGAGUUGUGACCGGCCAGUUUGCACAGAUGAGCGGCCAUGCUUCCAGUACGACUUCGGGGUUUGAGUUCCUGUUCGGCCUGAGUGCGCAGAAGCUUCACUUCGCAAUGUUCUUUGUGAUGAUGGUGUGUGUCAUCGGACUGGUGGUGUACAUGGCGCCCAAGAGGCGUUGGAAUCGCGAGUCCACCGCUCCCUGCGAGAACAUGAACCAAGUGCGAGACAGAGUGCAUCAGUGGCUCUCCCGAGAGCUGGGAAUCAUCGAGGAUGGCAUCAAUCAGACCCCCUUCGCUAACAACGGCGAGCCCGGCGGCACAUGCGAAGAUACCAGUUGGAGAACGAAUCAGCCUUCAAAUUCAGCAGCGCGUGGCAGUGGUGAUGAGAGUUGGCUCCUUUGUCCUUUUGAAGGUGCACACGGCAGUGACGACGAAGGCCAAGCCAACGAAGACUACACCCAGAGCUACUACUACGACGGCGAGGACCUGGAGGAGCACAACGAAGUCGAGAACGAGGCUCAGGAUGUUCCUCAUGAUCCUCGUGGUGAUCUUGGUGUGGACAAGGUCUACAUCAUCGGCGAGGCGAAGCGCGGCAAGAGUUACCACAAGGUUUCGUGUGGAAACGUGGUUCGUUGGAUGAGUCACCUCCCAUCCAAUGUCAAGAAGAUCGAUCGCCAGGUUGCAGUGAACAAGCAGCUCAAAGCCUGCAAGCAGUGUAAGCCGUGA